AUGUCUUCCCUGCUAGCCAUGAGCCCAGUACUAGCCAGCAACGAAUACUAUGACCUCGGCUCCUUUGGCCGCACCAUCACCACCACCAGCACUGAUGCUCAAAUUUGGUUCAACCGAGGCCUGACUGGGGUAUACUCCUUUAAUCAUGCAGAAGGAGCUUAUUGCUUCCAACAAGCCCUCGCACAUGAUCCUGAAUGCGCAAUGGCGUACUGGGGUCUUGCCUACGCAGUCGGCCCCAACUACAACAAACAGUGGGAAAAGUUCGACCAGGGCGACCUUCACACCUCCGUUCAACGCGGGUACAAUGCAGCGCGAGAGGCAAGGAAACACGCCGCUGUGAGAGCAACACCCCUUGAGCGAGCCUUGGUUGAUGCGAUUCAAUCUCGAUUCCCGACUAGUGAGCCCGCUAAGGACUAUCCAGCCGUUAAUAGGGAUUAUGCUGCUGCCAUGAAAACGGUUUACGAAACCUACAGACGGGAUCUAGAUGUUGCUACGCUGUACGCUGAUGCAUUGAUGAAUAUGACACCAUGGGCGCUGUGGGAUCUUUUUACGGGUAAGCCGGAUCCUAAGGCGCCAACGAUGGAGGUGAAAGCCGUACUCGAACGCGCCCUGGCACAGGAGGAGGAUGGCGCACUCCGUAACCCGGGACUUCUUCAUCUUUACAUUCAUUUCGUUGAAAUGUCGCCCACCCCUGAGCUGGGCAUCAACGCUGCAGAUCAUUUAAGGGACCUUGUCCCUGAUGCUGGCCAUAUCCACCACAUGCCAACACAUCUGGACAUCCUUAUUGGAGACUGGCGGCGGUCCAUAUCCUCAAACUACAAGUCGACCCUGGCAGACGAUAAAUAUUUCCGCAAAUCAGGCGCCAAAAACUUCUAUACAUUUUACCGUCUGCACGACUAUCAUUCCUUGAUAUACGCAGCGAUGUUCGCCGGCAAAUCAAAGGUCGCAUUUGACGCCGUCACACGCAUGGAAUCCACAGUACCAGAAGAAGUCCUCCAAAUCCGGUCUCCACCUAUGGCAGACUGGCUAGAACAGUUCAUGCCCAUUCGCCUGCACAUAAUGGUCCGCUUCGGCAUGUGGGAGGAACUCAAACUCAUGGAACCACCACAAAAUCAAACCCUCUAUGCCAGCACCACAGCAACAACCUACUACGCCAGGGCCAUCGCCUACGCAGCCACAGGAGACAUCCCCUCUGCAAAAAAGCAACAGUCUCUCUUCCAUGAUGCAUGGGCGCGGGUCCCUGAGACCCGCCGCGCCUACAAUGGCAAGAUGAUCGACGUUCUCAAAGUCGCAGAUGCAAUGCUAGAAGGAGAAAUUGAGUACCGCUGCACAAACUACGGUAAAGCCUUUGCCGCGCUCCGCCGCGCAAUUGACCUGGAAGAUAAGUUGCCGUACAGCGAGCCUUGGUCGUGGAUGCAACCGGUUCGCCAUGCGUAUGCUGCUCUUAUGAUGGAGCAGGGUUACCUUGAGGAAGCAUUGCAGGUUUAUCGUGCAGACCUGGGAUUAGACGCUUCAAUUAUUCGGCCGCGCAGACACCCGAAUAAUGUCUGGUCCCUGCAGGGGUAUCAUGAAUGCUUGGUUCGAUUGGGGAGGCACGAGGAAGCGGCUGUUGUUGAGCAGCCGCUUAUUUUGGCUCUUGCAAAGUUCUUUCUAACGGAUGCUGUUCUGCUGAAUGAGAGACUACAGUGGGACGAAGACGACCAAUGCGGAGUGCAGCUGGAGAUUGGAAUGGACGGGCAGGAGAGGAAAAAAAAGGUUAAUAAGAACAAGCAAGAAGAAGGAGGAGGGAGAGGAGUGAUGGGCAAAACAUGCUGA